CAGGGGAGUUAGAACUAGAUGUGGAUGGUCUUUAAGGUCAGCCUCUACCCAGGCCAUUCUAUGGUUCUGUGAACCACAUAAUUCACCCCUUGCUGACUCUUCAUGUAUUGUAGCUCCUCAGUUAAAUGCACUGUUUCUAUGUAAAGCACAUCAUUAAUGGGUUUUAUUGACAGUUUGCAAUGGAACAGCCUAGAGCAGGAGUUGGAGUGACUCAGAGUAGGAAAGGCUGUGUGGCAUGCAACUCCCUGUGCAUGAAUUUGCAGGAAUAAUGAGCCUUAUUCUGAUCAUCUGAGUUCAGCUCUGCCGACUUUGUGCUUUCCACUGCUGCAAAUCAGCUCUGUGCUGGUGUCUCUGGUGCUGCCCAGGUUAGCCUGUGGUGGUGGGUGCUGUGAGUUAGCCAUGGCCAAACUCCUUCUGAACUCGCUGUCUGUCUAGGGCCGACCCUCGGUGUGAGGAGGAGGGAAGCUGCUCCCUUGCAGGGAAAGCCCUGUGUGUCUGUGCAUGUCUGCUUACUCAUUAUCACUGACCUCAGUGCCAUAUUUACUUUUACCUGCUGUGUGAUAGGUGCAGUAAAAGAGCACUUUUGUGCUAGCUAGGGUGUGAUUCCACUCUCUCAGAGCCCGAGAAUUGGCAGUAGGUAGCAGUAGGUUGGUCACUAACUCUGGGACCCCCGAGGGUGUGAGCUGUGGGACUGCCACUGCUUGUGCUAUGCUAAGUAGUGGUCACACACCAACUCUGGAACAGCUCUAAAGUAAUCUGGUUCAGUAGCUUGAAGAGUUACUGCUGUGCCACUGAGUCACACUUGCUCACUCAUAGCCUUCCCUCACUGCCAAAAAUGCUUCAGCACAGAGUUAUCUUGAUGUUGUCUUUCUUUCUCACAAUCACGAGUGAGGACUGGGUAUGGUUGUCAGCAGGUCAAGCCAUAGCAACUUAAUUGUCUUUGCUUAUACAUGUAACACAUUAUUUUAAGAAUAAUUUUUCAGCAAGAGAGGGAACUACCUAAUUUCUUAAUGACUUGGGAUCAAGCUUAUCCCAGUGGAGAUCUUUAUAGGGCUAAUCAACGAUGACAGAUUUAAGAAGGAAAGAACAGCCAAAGAAUAUUUUUCAAUUUAAAAUAAAUAAUUUUUUUUUUUUUUUCACGGAAAAACUUAGUAUUCAGCAGCAAAAGAGGUUAAUGGUAAAACUUAGUGGGUAAGGUAUUUAGUGGGAUGGAAAUUUCUUUCAGUGUUUUCAGAUGUUUGUAAGGUUUUGGUUCAUUCGUAAAUCCAAUAAAAUCAUUCUCUGUCCUAUAGGUAAAUGGUCUGUGUUAGACUCCAUGCCUCUGUGGGGAGGAAGGAAAUUUUAUUCAAGUGUUGAAGCACGUGAAGUGGACUGAGGGAAGCAGAAGGAAAAGGCCAAGACCUGCAGAACUGCUACAGCUACCCAUGUAUAGCACUGAUCUCUCUUUGAGAGAACAACCAGUGUCUGACUACCUCCAAAUCAAAGAACAUCAAGUAGAAAUCAUUGUCAAUUAGUAGAGAAAAAUAUCAAGGAAAAAGAGAAGAGAUGCUAGCGUGGGUAAAAUGGCAGUGAUUGAGGUCAGGGGGAUGUUCCAGAGAAGCAGCAUCAAGAGGUGAGUUGGUGUGGUGCAGGGAAUGAGGCAAGGAGGGAACAGGGAAGUUUGAUUCCAUGACAUACAGCUGCAGAUGAACAGCUGUUAAAGGGGACAUACAAAGGCCUUUGGAAGAUCAGUGCAAUGUGUAGGCUGGGUUUUGAAGAGCGGAUUGAAAUGAUGAUAUACAAAUUUUAAUUUCUUUAAAAAUUAAGAUAGUAGUGGUGUGUUUGAGGACACAGUGACAAGUCGCAAGUUUGGAAAUGACAAAUCUUUGUCAGAGCCAUAAACCUUUGCUGGUUGUGGUUUAAUGCUCAGAAUAUUUGUGACCACAUGCCCUUUUUUGGGGUGGAAUAAUAUACCUGUCAGUAACAUGCCACUUCUGCAUAUGUAGAACUUAGGAUGAUUGAGGAAAAACCUACAAAGUCGUCAAGGUAUAAUGGCAUGUUAAUGCAGAUACUAAAUAUCUUUAUUUUAUUUUUGCAUUUCACAGCAUGGUAACAGAAGUGUGGUAGAUUUUUCUUGGAAAAUUAGAAUGAAUUCCAGCAGAAACAGAUGCAGAAACUCCACUUUUUCCUGAAAACUAGCUUCCACUAUUUCUCAUAGAAGGAUCAGGGCCUGACAAGCCACACAUCCUUCUUACUGUUGGUUUGGGGUUUUUUUUAAUCUUCAGGAAAACAAAAUUCUCCAUGUCUCUGUGUUAAAAUGAUUGGAAAUUAAACUUAGGGGGAUCUAGCAUGUGAUUACUUUUUUUAGACAGGAUUUUCUUCAUAGCUGAAUUGGACUGAGUUUUUCCCCCUCACAAAACAGAUGGUAAGUGAUUCAGUACUUUUAGCAGUGGAAAAAUGAUUAGUUUUCUUUCCUCGGUAGUUGGUGUGAAUGUACUUUUCUUUAUCUAUUUACAUAUUACAUAAACACAUUUUACCAGCAUUUCUGUACAUAGGUUACAGUCCUGAUCCUGCAGAGAGCCUUGCACACAGGAAUUGACAUGGCUCAUAUAGAACUAUUUGCAUGGAACUCAUGACAGUGUUGUAACUGUAUUUGUAUCUUUAUGUAUGUACUUAAAUUUACAACACUGUAUGAGGAUGCCAACACAUUUUAAGUCCACAAAACAAUUGUGUAACUUUGAACACUUUGCUUUCUUUUCAGCUAACAAAGUGUCUGAUCUCUUCUGCUGUGUUCCUGUAGUAGGCUGUAGGCCCUUGUGGCUUUUGAGUUAUGCUAUAAGUUUGUCCUCAUUUUACAGUGUAAAUUCUUCCUGGUGUGCAGGGGGAGUGAGGUCCUCGUUCAUGUUACCUUUUGGACUUGUACUGGUGUUACUCCCUUUGGAAAGGAUUGCAGUCAACAGCAACAAAUAUUUGGGAGAACAUUAAAAACAAAUCACAUGAGUACUUGAUUUAUCAAGGUUAUGUGCAUCUAUAUUUGUUGGUGUAUGCAUAAUACUAAAGAGAACAUAUGUGUAACCCAUAUAUGCUGUGUCAGCAUGUGGGGAUUUGAGGCUGAAGGCUCUGAACCUGUUACUAGACUUGCACUCUAGGCAAAUACUGUAUUACAGUAUCCAGUCACUCAUCCAGUCACCUAUACAAGAAGGUGCAAGUAAGGUUGUCCAAGCAGCAUGACUGAUGUCCUUUCCAAGCAGUUAAGAGCUGUUUUGUAAACUUGCUGUGCUUUUACCCUAGCUUUACCUGGGAAUUAAAUGAAUGCAUAGUCUCAUACUGCUGCUUUAUUGAGAUGAUAAUACUUCAUUUAAAACACACUGACUAUAUUCUUUGUUUACAAACCUGGCUGUACACACUUGGAACACAAUUAUCUGAUUCUCUUCUUGGUUCCUUCUUCAUGUAGGUAUGCUCUUUUGAGGCACUGGGGGAUUGUGCACAGAGGAGCUGGCUAGCCCCUUGCCUUGUUUUCCAGGCUUACCAGAGAGUUAAAACCCACUUAUUAGAAUUUUUUCUUGAAAAAUGUGACAACCUUCUGCUUCCAUGUAUUCUAAUAGGGAAAAAAAGACAUAUGAAUUAGCAACAGAGAUACUGUGCUGUGACAUGUCAAGUUUUUCCCUUCAAUUAAAUUAUUCAGUGGAAGGGUGUCAGAAGGAGCUCCUUGAAGCUAGCACUAUGUAUUUGUCAUGGAUCAGUAGUCAAGCUGGGACGAUUCAGUGUGCCUUAUGUUUGUGAAAUAAGUUACUUUUCCCUUUAUGCAACAGGGAAUAUUUGAGGGAGUUUGCCUCUCAGGCUGUGUGGUCACACAAGGUGGCAGAAAACUGUGUCUGCAGGGCACAUAAUCCUGUGGGAUGGUGCUGCAUGGGGUGGUGUGUGCCUCUGGUCUUAGGUCAGACUGCCUGAUGGGAGGAGCAAGAGCUUGUUCAGCCACAGCCCUUCAUUAACCUCAUCAUGGUUGUACCUUCAUUAACCUCAUCAUGGUCACAAGUGCUCACAUUUCUUAUAACUGGGCAUUGCUUUAUUACAUUACCAGAAGAAAAUAGAAGCACAAAGCAAUGGUUAUGUGCUUCCAAACACUGUGUCUGUGGAAGAGCAGAGCAGUGACUCCUAACCCAGCUGUUGUGGGCAUGCAGAGCAGUGCAAUUAAGAUUUCUGUUCCCUCAGGCUGGCUGUGCAUGCUCUUGUGCUCGUUGUAAUUGAGUGACUGGCAGCAGCAUGCUUCUUUCUCAGUGCACUUGCCCUGGUGCCCAUGGCACCCAGCUGCCUGUCCCUCGCUGGCCAGGAAUUGCACCAGGAGUGUUCCCAUGGCUGUGACAUGUAUAGCAAAGGGGGUCCAGGAAGUUAAACCAGAGUGAUCUGUCAGUCAGGAAGAAUGAGCAAAAUUUGCCCUCAGUGUGGAGGACACUGAAGAAACAACGUUGGACACCAGUUAUCUGUUGACUUCUUUGGGUUCCAGGGAGUAAAUACUGUGGCAAAAACUUGGCUGAAAGCUUUGGGGACCAGGUAAUUGAUGCAAGCCCUGGGUUACAUAGGACGUAAGCAUGGUUUUAUAAUUAUGGGAAGUACUGAGGAGAUUUCUUCUGGUUUCAGUUCAUAAUAGGGAACAUUGUGUACAGUUUGUUUGCUUGAUUGGUUCAUUUUAUUAUGUGUAAAUAUACUGUAGAAACAAGUUUGCCUUUUGUUCAGUGGUACUCAUCUAGUGUGCUUCUGGUAAAUCCAGUGAAUUAAGGGGAAUAAGUAACAUGCUCUGCUCUGUCAGUGAAACAAAGUCCAUUUAAAAUUAAGGCUAUGGGGGAUAUGGUGAAGCUGCAGAAGAGUUAGAAGGACAGUGAGCAGAACUGGUAGCUUAUGCCACGGAACAGAAACCUUCAGUUCACCUGGGCCACAGGCACACUACUCACUGGUGAAGUGAGCUGCUCUCCUUGUAUGGUAUGAAACUCUGGCUCCACUGAUAUUAAUGAAAAUGACGUGGUUUUCACUGGGAAAAAUGAGAGCAGAAUCUGGCCACUUGUUAAUGGCUUUUUGUAUUGGAGGCUGAAAUAAAGUGGCUGUGUAUGCAAAUAAUUGUGUAAGCGUAAAUUCUGAAUUACUCCUAAAAGAAGAAUUCAGUAUUUAAUUGUUGGAAAUACAAACUGUUUGGCACAAAUCUCCUGGUUUGGCUGAGCUAUACUUGACCUGUGACAGAGAGAGCAAAGGGGAUUUAAAGUCCUGGGAUCCCAAGGGGCCAGUGUGUACUGUAACUCAAGUCAGAGUGUUGACUGCUUUGUAAUUACAGAUGCUUAUUUUGUGUACAAAACCAGUUGAUUCAUUAUCUUUUGUUUCCAUUAUCUCAUCUCAAUCUUUAUGUGUGAAUCUGAGCUAUUUGAGUUCAAGAGAAUGGCAUAUAACUAGAAUUAAAAAAAAGGGGCAUGAUAACAGGAAGCCGGUUGUUCUGAUAUAAAGAUGUUCUGAUGUAACCAAAAUGAUGGAAUUGGUUAAAUCUGUCUGCAGAAACUGAAAACUUUGUGAGAAGUCUAAGAAGUUUAAAAUAACCUUUCUUCUACUCCAUGACCUGCAUUUCAUUCAGUAUUUUGACCCGUGCCUUGGAACAAGGAUGGUUUAGCUCUUAGAAUAUGAGACAAUUAGAAUCAGCCAUGAUGCUGUAGCUUAACACUGUCACUCUUCAGCUGUGCUUCAGGAACCAGCUGGACUCCAGGAGCUCUGCUCUUUAUGCAGAAGUCAUAUGGUGAAGAUGGUUUGAGCCAUCUUCAUUUUGUUAAAUUCUUAAGCUGUGGUAAUCUCACCAUAAGUUAUCAGCUGUCCUUAUGCUUAGAAAUGUGGCCAUCCCAUUUUAAACUGUGGAGAGUAGAAAAUGUUUUUCCUGAAGCCAAGAUCUAUAAUUCUUUCAGCUUUCAAAGAGCCUCCAGUAUUUGAUAAAGUAAGUUUUACUUGCACAAGCUAAAUAUUGCCACUUUUAAGUACAAGUGUUGAUGGUGUGGAGAGAUGUGAAAUUUUAUUGGGCUACAAGUGUGAGCCCAGAGCUGAUGGGGUAUGUUUGAAAAUAGUUCCUGGCAGAAGUUACACUGGCUGAGAAUCAGAUGCUCACACUCAUUCUAGCUGACAUCAGUGGAAGAUGCACACAUGAAGUGAAAGUACUGUGUGGCCUUUAAGCUUCUGUUCCUGUGGUACAUGAGGUUUUAUAGUACACAGAAGAAAGGAAAUAUUCACUUUUCAAGGUAUUUGUUACAGAAUGGGUGUCUGAUCUAUUUCAGUCUGCUCUGUCUGGGGAAUGUCUCCAUGACUUUAGUGAAGUGCUGUGCAUGCACAACAAGGAAGCUUUUUGCAUGGAAUGUGUAAUGCAGGACUCAUUAACUGAUGAUAGUGGAUAAUUUUGAAAGAGAUGAAUACAGCAUUUGCUGCUCGCUUGGAUCAUAGAAAUAACUUCAGGGAAUAUGUUCACCAAAUGGAGAUGUUCUCUAAAAUGCUUGCUAGCAGGUUACUUAUGCUUCUGUAUGCCAAAAGCAGUAGAUUUUUCUCCAAACCAAACACAAAAUUAGAUUAUCUUCUUUUUUAAUUGGAUGAGGAGUAAAUGUGAAAAUUGUUUGGGUUAUGUGCAUGUUAUGUAAGGGUCACCAGUGGAAAAUAAGGCCCAAUGCUUUAUAUGUUUGUCUAAAGCAAGUGGCAUUUCUAUUUUGUUUUUCAAGACCCCCGAGGUCUUGCCUGCAACUGUAUCAAGAAUAUAGUCCCUUAUUCUCCACCACACAGAAAAAUCACUCAGUCAAGUUUCCUGUUGGUGUGUGUCUCCUCCCUUUGGCUGUUUGUUAUUUUAGAUGCAGCUCUGUGGGACAGGAACUGUUGGUCAGCACACCAGAGCCUGUGGGCGCUGCUGGAAUAAAGAGAGCAGCUUUCCUUCCACUCUGCUGCUUCAUGUAGCUGAGGGCUGAGCUGGAGGGCUGGUGGUUUGCUUUUCUAGGUGAACCCAGGGAAGCAAAUGGAUUGCAUGAGGAGUCCUGCAUCACUCUGGCUGGCUCUGAGUGUGGCUGGAUACAUCAGAAAUUUCAGAGCUUCUCAGUUCUCAGCUGUGUGUCCUACAGCACCAGUCUCCAGGGAACUGAGGUUACUGGAUUGGAGGAUAUGAGUUGCAUAAAAAAGUCCCAGGCCCCAGGAGUUUAGGAGUGACAGCAGAAUAAAUACUUAUAACUUGCUUUCAUGUUACAUGGCAUGGGACUUGCUCUUCCUUGCAGAUGACUUCUCCAGUGCUGUUUGGAUGUGCCUGCUGCUCUGUGAUUGCUCCUAAAGCCUUGAUUUGACAGCAGCCUCUGGCAUGCUGUGGGCCACCAGAUCUGCAUAGCAACAGACCCGCCAGUCUUCCUGCAGAGAGUUAAAGGAAUUUUGGAGAAAAUCAGCGAGUCAAAAAUUUGCCAUUCCCUUCUGUGGCAAUUCCCUGGAUUCAAAGUGUCCCUCGUCUCUGGCAGAGCUUUGCACCUCAGGUGAUGUAAAGAAGGUGGAAACCUGGAGUAAGUAGGUCCCUCAGAAUUGCGUUGUCCUGGGAAGAAGAGAUGGAAGAAGAAGGCUGUGAGACUGUAGUGAGGCAAAUGUGCAAGGCCUUUGGUAUCUUGUGCACUGACAAGGGCCUUUUCCUGAGGAAAAAGGAGUUACUUGUGGUGUGAAUAUGAUCCUGUGAAGCUAAGCACACUGGCUGUGUGGAGAGCUGUGUUUGAUGGCACCUGGGGCAGCAGAAGGGCACACAGGUUAUUCUGCUACUUGCAUGUCUACUGGAGAAGGUGGAGGUGUCCCUGUGCCAUACUGGUAAUACAACAAAACUGCAGUGGAAGCUCUGAUUAAAAGAUGAAGUGUGAUGCUAUAAAUAAGGUAACUUACUGACUGAAUCAAAACUAAUAAUGAGAUGAACAAUUAGCUUAUCUUUCACCUUUCUAGAUACUUUAAGAGCUAAAGAUUUAGAAUUAAUCUAGAAGAAGCUGGAGAAUUAAUUUGCAGCUGCUUAAGGCUUCUUGAUUGAUUUAUGGUACUUUUCUGGAGGAAGAGACUCUUACUUGAAAUUAGCUUAAUCCUAACUUUAUUAUUGUUACUGGUCAAAUUAAUUGCUGUCUUUGUCAGAGACCAUAAACCCUCAAAAUCUGAUAAUAUUUACUUAGGUGUUUUUAUUUCUUGAAAGGUGAAGAUGUGUAAAAAAGAGAAAAGGAACUUGAUGGCAGUUUGCUAGAAUCUUAGUAAUAUACAUGAAUCUGUAGAACAUAAUCUGAAAUCUUAUGCCUUUUGAGGUUUGCACUUGUUCCUCUUGUGUUUCAUCUCCUUUUCCAAUUGUGAUUUCAAAAACUUCAGAGCAGCCACAACAGAGCAUUUCUCCUGUUCCCACCUGUGCUCUGUGAUGUGAAAAAAUAAUGUUAGUACACAGAGAUCUUGACUUCCUCUUGAAUGCAUCUGGAUGAUUUUGUUAUGCAGUCCACUGUGCCUGGGAUCUGUCUGAGAGCAGCUGGUGAUGAGCAUUGCCAAGAUAUUGGACUGGGCUGCUGAUAAUUUUGUGUAUUUCAGAAAACUUGAAAAACUAGCUUCAUGAAACAAAACUUGUAUACCACAGCCUCACCAUGAAGACGUUAGGGUGGCCAUGGCUGUACAAAGUAUCUUAACCAGCAAUCUUUCACCCUUCCACAAAUCUUUUCUUUUUGAAGACCAGAAAGAUUGUUAUUGAGCCUUCCACAAAGCUGAAAUAAUGCUGUGUGUUAAAAAAAUGUUAACAAUUUGAAGAAGUUAUAAAAAUUUAUAAGUUGACUGAAUACUUUGGAAAUUUCUGCAUAUUUUAAUAUAAAUAGAUUCCUUUAGCAAGGAGGAUAUGACAGGUUGUGGUAUCGGACUGCAGUGAAGUUCCACCGGUGCUAUUCUACCCUCCAUGAGUGAGCACUGCUGGGCUGUGAGCUGGCAAGCUCAUGCCCUUUUUUUGGAGGCUUGAGCCAACUGCUUUUGAUCUGGGAGCUUACAGAAUGGGAGUAGGCUGAAUCAAGCCUCUGUCAAGAACCACUGCUGAAUUACUGAAUUAACAUACCCAAGACCAGCACAUCAGGAGGAUAGCCUUCUACCAAGAAUAGUGUGAAGAUAUAUCUUGUUCACAGAAGGUUUGAUCAUCUCCUUUGCACAAGCCCUGCACGUUCACCUAGAUUCCUCCCCAGGCAGCUACAGUUGAUCUGCUCACCAAGGGAAUUUGUCCCACUGGAUUCCUUUUUUUUUUUCUGUGCAGCUGAAUGAAAAGUGUGAGUCUUUUGAAGAGCAGCAACUGAAAGAAAUAUUGAUGACUGCCAGGGCAUCUACAGAAAAAGAUAAGAAAAUUACUCUACUACAACAAUGAAAACAAAGGGGCUUUGUUUACACUUUCUUGUAGGUUGUAUAUAUUAAUAGUAACAAGUAAAGUUUUGUAUUUUUCAGUGAAAUACACAAGGCCUUGAAUUGUAUUGUUUUAAUUGCAACUAACUGAAUGAAUUAAGUGGAAAAUCGUACACAGUACUUUGAUUGUCUAAUUCUCUGUAUGUGAGGCUUUGGGAACAGUUUGUUAUUAUAAAAGAACAGCUCUAACCAGAAAUCAGCCAACAUGUAAUUGCUAGGCUGAGGGGCAGUUUGGGGAAAGCUGAUACUUAUUUAUACAUUAUUAAAUAAAAUCACAUAAUAUGAGGAUCAUCUCUCACUGCCUCCACACUUCAUACAUUACUCAUCUUCCUAAAUUUCAUGGUUUUGUACUCCCUUAGUACAUUGCUGCUUAUAACCAGUGCAGGCAUCCAAACCACCCACAUCCAGGAAAGGAGAUGCCUGUGCAUUUGUUAUGAUGGCAGAUUUGGUUAUGGGACUCAUCAAAGAUUAUGAACCUUCAUUUCAAGGAAAGGAGUCUUAAAACAAGUUUUAAAGCUUGUUUUCAGUACCUAAAAUACACCUGGGCACCUGGGACUGUUCAGAUGGCUGAAACUCUGGCUGGUGUUUCCACUUGACUAUGUACCUUUAGAGAUUUACAGUCAGCCAGUACCCUAAAUAGAAGACUUCAGAGCAAUUUUGGCAUUAAAUUUGACAGAGUUCCCAAAAAACCACUGGUUAUGUAAUUCCCAUCAGUUUUGGUAAGAAUCAGGUACCUUCUGGUUAUUUCCAGUGAUUCUCACUGCUCACUUGUGACUUACUACCAUAAGAAACAGCCACUUGCAAGACACAGAGAGGAGGUAGGUGGUGACUGGACUCAUGAAGAAGGUAGAGCAGUACUUCAUUCUCAGUGGUUUUACCUAUUUCAGCUCUCCUGGAGGAUGGAGCUGCCAUUUGUUCCUUUAGCACAGAUUUGGGGGCUUUAGCAAGGUCUAUUUCAGAGGACACAGAAGCAGUUCCUUGUGCCACAUAACAAGGGGUUGGGGAGUGUCUGGCCUCACAAGUGAGAUGCAUGUCUUACAGACCAAGAGGCCCUUGGUGAUCUGCAGCAGAGAGUCUGGAUGGGACGGUGUGCCAGCAUCUGGGGAGUUGGCACUGCUGGACACAUCUUUGGACUUGCUGAGCUGCUAUAUACAAUGGCAUUCAUGCUGUGCAAACAAACCCCACUAUUAAACCACUUAAACACUGUUUAUGCAACUUUAAAAUGGUAGAGGUUUGAUUUUAUGACUUCAUCUGCAAGCUUGUUGAAACUUACAUGUCCACGCUGAAGUGGUGUGAAGAUUAAAUUGCUAAUCCUAGUUACCAGUAUCGACUGUUGCACAGAAGGUGCCUGAGAGGUGGAACUGGGCAGCAUUCAGCUUUGCACAGCUCUUGCCAAGAGUUAUUUGGUAUCCCUGUCACUGUUUUUUAAAGUCCAAAAAUAUUUUCCCCCAAAUAACCUAUUUUUCUGCAAGGGAACACAGCUGCAUUUAUGAAAGGUUUUGGCUUUUACAGUAAGUCUGGUUUGUAUCAUUUCCUCUCUCUCUGUAUGUUGUCUGCAUAAGUACCAACAGUCGUAAUGAAAAAUGCAGUUCUGUUACAGGGAUUUUUAACAUUGGUUUUCAGUAGUUUAGAAAACAUUGGAGCUACUUCCAACAAAUGAAAAAAGUCAAGCAGCUUUGAAAAUGUUGAUACACUCUGGCAGAUAAAUCUUUGGAUUUAACCCUGCUCUAUUAUUCUUUCUCUGAUACUAAAACCAAUAUAAAGCAUUAUUGAUUUCAACCAGCUCAACAGAAGAUACCAUAUAGCUUUCACCCCACUGUUCCCUGCAUUGAGGGGCUAAAUCUCAGCUGUGCUCUUGUGCAGCCUUUGGCUGAGGGUUCUGAGAACACUUCUAUUCAGUGCUUGUGUACAGUGUUAAAGCUGUCUCCACUGCACCUCUUUUUCCAGCACAACAUAGGAAGUUUCCUGGACUGAAUUCUCAAUCACAAAACUCAUAUGGGAGGCAUUCAAAAUGUAAGACCUUUCAAACUCUUGUGAGUUCACAGCAUUUAAAGAUAUGAGCACAGUAUUGCCAAGAAAUGUGUCUUGUUGAGGCCCACAAUUAAGUUUAUCAAAAGAAGGAAUCUUAUUUUUGCCUGCUGCAGAUAGGCUGCUUUGAGAAGAAACCUCUAAAGUUAGAGGUAGCAUCUGGUUCAGAUCACGAUAUGAUGAAAGAUUCAGGUUAAUUAGUAUUUAUUCUUAGUUGAUAGUUAUUCCUUUUGGCUUGAGCUAACAAGCAGGAGUUGGAGUCCCACAAAGUUGUGUCUCCUGGGAUGGGAGAUGAAUGAGGGUGAUGGUCUCCAUGGUGAAAAUGUAUUUAGGGAUGGGAAUGUGAGUAAGAAAAACUGGCCAUUGCCUUGGAUAGCCUGAAGAGAAGAUGCUCUGAGGGAUGACUCAGUGCCAGCAGGGAGGAUUUGAUGUAGGCAUGGACUGAGCAUCCCACAGGGCCUUGGACAGGGGGAGGUGCCCUGGUUCCCUGCUCGAUCCAAUGUCCUCACCUGUCCCUGUGCACACAACCCCUGUCCGCCACCAGUUGCCCUGCCUGGGUGGUUUUGGCCCCAGGGAGCAGACAGGGAGCAGCUGUGGAGAAGGUGGCUUCUCAGUGCUCCUUCAAGGCUUUCAAUUCCCCUUUCUUGCCACUGUUUCCUGCAGCAUUGGUUUUUCUCCUGAGGUCUCCUAACUGCUUAUGCAGCCAGGAGGAGCCCACCAGCUGGAGAGCAGCUUUCCAUGCUUUUUCAGUUACCAUUUUUAUACUUUUUUUUUUUUUUUUUAAAUUGCUGUUAGUGUCCAGUUGGAGUUGAGAUGCUUCUAGCAGGAUCGCCUGUGUAUCUGGGCAGAGUUGCUCUUGUCCAGUAACCUCAUGGACUGUUUUGCUCCCUCAGGCACUCACAGAGAAGAUAAUUUCUACAUAGGUGGGAAUUCUCUGACUUCACAGGUUCCAGUGGCCUGGACACGGGCAGUCCCAUAGUGGGCAGGCAAUGGGCCUCCUGCCCCACAGCCAUAGAAAGAAGAGAACAACACUCCUACCUGUUACUUCUGUGAUGAAAAUGGCAAGACAGCUUUGGAUCUGCAGUAAACUCCAAGCUAUGUGGCAGCUACAGAGUGCCAAGUCCUUGAUUUAGUUUCCUCUGCAGAGAACUGGAACAUGACUGAAGCAGACAUUUACACUAUGGUAGGUUUCAGAAGGUCUGUGAGCUUCCAGCGAUGCCCUACACAAACACAACACAAAUGCCAAAGUCUUUCUUGAGAUACAUAUAUUCCAGUACUUGGAAAAUUCAGACCAAACUACAAACUCGCUUCAGAUGGAGAUUGUUUGCAAGUAUUGUGUUCUGCAGAGAUAUUCGACAUUGUUUGGGAAAAACAGAGAAACCAUCUGCAAAUACUUAGCUUGGAUCUACCUUAAGGAAAAAAAGAAGCCAAUCCCAAGAGCUAACUGGAGAAUUGCUCCUUUUACCUGGGACUACAUGUUGCCCUUCUGCCCAGCUAAGAGAAUGGAAGGACUUCCAACUGACCCCAGCAGACUGAAAUGAAGAAAUGAGUUACUGAUGCUCCAAAAGUGAAUGCAACGGAGGACCAAAGCAGAAGCAGGUGCAAGAAUGUGAGAAGCCAGACUUUGCAGAAACAUGUUCCUAAUGUACUGGAAAAUUGGACAUUUGAACCAGCUGAAGAGCAGGAAUGUGACACCCAAGAGAAGAUCAACUUUGAGGUCCGCAUGCGAGAAGGCAUCUGCAGGCUGCUGGCAGUGAGCACGCAGAGGGAGCAGCUCCUGCGCGCUGUGAAGGACCUGAUGGUCUGCAACGCUCGCAUCAGGGCCUACAGGGCACAGCUGCAGGGCCCAAAGGAGGAGCCCAGCCCGGGCAGGGCAGAGGAGCAGUCUUCAGAAAAUGAGACAAAAGACCGGAUGGCGUGCAGAGCAAAGGUUGCUAUAUCAGAUAUUCGAAUACCAUUAAUGUGGAAAGGCUCUGACCACUUCAGCAAAAAAGAAAAAUCACAGCGCUACGCAGUGUUUUGUUUGUUCAGAAUGGGAGCUGAGGUUUUUGAUACUGAGGUGAUUAUUGUGGAUGAAGCAAUAACAGAUAUCUGUUUUGAAAAUGUAACCAUAUUUGAUGAAGCAAGCCCAGAUUUCCAGGUGAAGGUUGAAGUGUAUAGCUGCUGUACAGAGGAGUCUUUAUAUAUAACAAACACUCCUAAGAAACUGGCAAAGAAACUUAAAACAUCCCUCAGCAAAGCUACAGGGAAGAAACUCAAAGCUGCGCUGGAGGAAGACAGCACUGAACCCCUUGUGCCUGCUGACCCAGUCAUCCAUGGAGCAAAGUACGGUUUGCUAGCAUACACCACUUUGGGCCUGGAAAGUGCUGAGGAUAAUUUCAGGACCCACAACCUUACUAUUACAGGAAAUGAGGAAUCCUCUUUUUGGCUACCCCUGUACGGAAACAUGUGUUGCCGUUUAGUUGUCCAGCCCUCCUGCAUGGCCAGGGACAUGAUGGCAGGAUUUCUAAAUCAGCAGCAAAUGGUAGGAGGUCUAACAAGCUGGAGGAGGCUGUAUUGCGUGCUGAGAGGUGGCAAACUCCUUUGUUAUUACUCACCAGAAGAAAUUGAGGAUAAAGUGGAGCCAGCAUUGACAGUUUCCAUCAACAAGGAAACCAGGAUUCGAGCUGUGGAUAAGGACUCCAAGAGAAGAUCUAAUACCUUCUCUGUUAUCAACCCCGUGUCUGGAGAGGGUGUGACGCAACGUUUUGCUACUGACAGUAGGGAUGAACUUCAUCAGUGGAUGGAGGCUUUCUGGCAGCACUUUUAUGAUCUGAGCCAGUGGAAGCAUUGUUGUGAGGAACUUAUGAAAAUUGAGAUUAUGUCACCACGGAAACCACCUUUGUUCUUGACAAAGGAAGCGACCUCCGUCUACCAUGAUAUGAGCAUUGAUUCUCCAGUGAAACAUGAGGGCUUAGCUGAUAUCAUCCAUAGGAAAAUUGAAGAGAGCAAUGGUGAGUUCCUUCCUGGUCAGCAACAAGAGUCUGCAUCUGCCCUUUGGGCGUCACUCUUUGAUGGAUCUCAUGAGAUGGCUGUUCAGAAAAACAUGCAUCUGGACCCAAAAAGAGAUACUGCAAGUCCUAAUGACAGCAGAGGAAAGAAAAGAAGAGCUCCGCCUCCACCCUCCGAUAGGUCACCAUGCAUUGCAGAAGCACAGGUGAACACAGAGCCGCUGGGCAAGGAAAACUGGAGGAAGCCUGACCACACACCUGCCAGUGGCUCUUCCUUAGAGUCAGUGUUAGCUACGAAAACGCAGCAGCUGCAAACCCCCAUUGCCCCUCCUCGCAAAAUUGGUCCUUGUGGAAAAAGUGGUUUAGCUGGCCUGAGAAAUCCUAUUUCUCUGGUGAGCAAGACCAAGUCUGAAACCAAACCAGUACCAACCCCUAGACAUAAAGGCAUCACAGAAAUACUAGACCCCAGGUCCUGGUUGCAUCCAUAGGCAUCAUAUUUAGCUUAGAGGAUUCUUUGGAAUUUAAAGUUUCUCAGCCUUCUCCUAAUACUCUUCAUUAAAAGUAGGUAUCAGUGUUUAGCUCAAGUGUUUCCUAUAAGCCAGGGCAUUACUGCUGGCUGCAGUCUCAGCUGUAUUCAUUAGUGCUCUUAUCUAAAUAAUUGCACUAGAAUGGGGGGGGUGGUUUUCUCUGUCUGGAGUAAGGUGCUAUUUCUGAAAACAAUAAGUUCAGUGCUUUCCUCCUGAAAAAAAACCAUAGUGUUCAGGGUAACCUCAGCUGUCCCCACAGCAGGCAUAUUACCAGUGCCUUCUACCAUUCCCUCAGCUUAGCCCAUGCACAGCUCCUCAGACUACUUAAGUGGGAAUUGACACAUAUUCAGCACAGAUCUUGCAAAGCUGAUUUUCUUGGGCUCCAUGCUUGCUGCACGCUCUUGUGCUGUUCUGAAUGGCUCUGUAGCUCCAUAUGAAUUUCUGAGGCAGUUCUGUCAAUUAGUGUGGGAUUUCCCAAGUUCCUGCUGGCUUAUGUGCAAUUGGAAUGGACCAGAGUUAUCUGUCUUUGAGCAAGAAUGUGCUCCAUCACUGCUGUUUAUUUUGGGCUAAGACAGUGUUUAAAAGCAAUUGCUGGGUUUGUGCACGUGCUCAUCUUAGGGUUGUUUUUCCUGACAAAAGUGGGUCUGUGACACAGCUCCUCCUUUGUGGAGCCUCUCAGCUGUCCCUGGUAGGGAACUGGUUUGUAAACUGGUAAGCAAACAGGGUUUUUUAACCACUUGUUCUUUCUGCCAUAGGAGAGAAUAAGCACUUCAGGUGAAGAUACUGAACUUUGAUACUCUUUCAUUAGACCGUUCACCAGCUCUGUAAGACGUAUGGGUUGUUAGGGUCUCCGUGGCACCUUAUGCAUCUACUGCAUAAGAAAAAGCUGUGUUCUCUUGGAUCCACAGCUUAAAUACCCAGCCAUUUCCUUGGUUGAUCCAUUUGUCUCAGAUGCUGGAACUUAUCCAAGGGCAAAGGUCUGCUUGCAGUUCUCUCUCUGGAGACUUGGUGCUUAGACCUGUGUUGAGAGGGUCAUUCCAGGAACUGUAUACAUGCUGUUCAUUAUUUAUUAUUUUUUUCCCUAAGUGUGGAUGGCCCUGGGAGCUUUACCAUUUCUCCAGAAGAUACUGUGGGCAUGGUUGAUUGGUUGGUUAGUUGAUUUAUUUUAUUUAAUUUUUGUGUCUUCAGCUAAGCUCUUGGCUCACAGUUGUAAAGGUAUCUGCUGAAUUCCCUCAGUAGUUCAUUUGGAAUGGGGUUGAGAGGCAAGUUUCAUUUACAAAUCCAUUUGCAGGAUUAGAGCCCUUUGUUCUAGACUGUCCUUGUUCAUUCUUCAUUUAAUCACGUUCCGUUUUCCCUCUGAAACAACCAUAAUCAUUCUUACAAUAAAUCAUGCUGUUACUUAAGUGGAUGGUUUGUGAAUGGCUUAUAAAUAGGAACAGAAAAACUGAAGAAAAACUACAUGAUUAUGUAAAUCAGACAGUCAACUAAGUGGACUGUAGAACUCUGAACAAGAAAUGGGAAAAAUUGGGAGGGGGUGAAGCAUAUUUUCUAAAAUGCAGCUGCAGUUUAUUUAGCUUUAAAUCUAGCCUUAAAUGUUUCUGUGCUCAGAAAGAAAAAGACACCUUUUCUUGAUAACUCCCUUUCAUUUUGUAGAUAUAUUUUUUUAAAAUCUCAUACAUUUAUAAGGAAAUAAGGCACCAUAAUGAGGAUUUAUUUUUAAAUUCAACAGACCAUUGAGUUUCAGCCAGCAGUUUCUCUGUUAAAUUCAGUGGCUUUGUUUUGAACUGAACAUAUGUAUUUUAGUAAGGCAUUUAAUAUUAAUUGGAAGUCUUCAAGUGAUGAGAAUUCACUCAUACCUCCUGUUGCAAUACUUAAUUACCCCAGGUACAUUUUUCACUUGAUUUUCUAUUUGCAUUUCUAGCUCCACCUUAAGUUAUUUUGGUCUUUUUAUGCAUUUGAUUGCUUAUAUUGAUCUCUGUAGUAUCAGCUUUUCUAAUUGCCUGUGUGUAGUUAUAAAUCAUGAUUAUGUCCCUUUUAACCUUUUCUCUGAUGAGACGUACUGAAUUCCUUAACUUUCCUAUGGCAGUGAAUGUUAUCCAAGACUAAUUAAUCUUCAUGUUUUUCUCUGUAUUUCUCAUGUACAGAAAUAUUUGGAAGGGUGACAUCUGAAUUAGAUGCCACAUGUCAAUAGUGAUCCAUCAGGACUGUAUAGAGCCAUAAUGUGAUCCUCUUGCUCUGAUGAAUAUCUCCUUCUCUCUUUUUCCUCAAAAAUUGCAUCAUCUUUUUUUUUUUUUUUUUUUUUUUUUUUUUUUUUUUUUUGUGGAAGCAUUGCCUUGGCUGCUGACUGUUAUGGGCCAAGUCCUCUUCAGAGUCUUUCUCAAAAAUGUGGUACAUCAUCCUCUUAUCAUCUUACCCUAUAUUUUCUUGGAAAUACAGGUUGUAUUUUACUAGCAUUAAAAUACUGCUCAUGAAGUGAUCCAGAUUGCUCUAAGUGACCUGUCCUCAUUCUUUACUAUUCCAGCAGUCUGCAUGUCCUUUGCAAAUUUAUUGCAAGUGAUUUUUACAGUUUAUUCCAGAUCAUUGAUUUUUAAAAUUGAAUGCAAGGUAAGGUUUGUAGAGAGAGGUGAUAAGUUUUUAGUACAUCAGUGAUGUGGGUAGAGGGUGGGGAAAAGCAAACAGGCAGGCCAUUGAAUUUCUGUCCUUUUUAUCCCAGAGCCUUUAAAACUUUCAGUAAGAUGGCAAACAGCUAUGUUUCUUGCUGAAUCCCUACUAAUACUGUAUCUUGAAAUUAUUAUUAUGAUAUUUUAAAGAAAAUUACAUGUUCAUCUUGUUUUCAGAAAGUAUUUCAGGGUUCUUGUGGGUAACACCUCAGUGCAGGUAUCUUUGCAAGCCAAGCUUAAUAUAUUGAAGAGUAAAAUGCAACCUGUUGUUCAAUAUUCUCCAUUAAGCUGUGUUGAUAUUUUACAUCUAUCCUUAAAUUAGACUCAUGUGGGCCAGUUCAUGAUAUUGCAGUGACCACCACAAAGCAAACAAGGCCAUUAAUUAUUCUGUUAAUCUCCUUCAGAACUAUAUAAUCCCUGUUGUGACAAAAGAGUUGAUUCAGGUUAUGGUAGUUUUUGUUACUUUGCCUUUCUUUCCCCUCCCCCUUCUGUAUUGCCAUUAGUGCUUUUGCAUCUUCUGUUAAGUAAGUUGGUUUAACCAAUAAAACCUGCAGGCUCCCAGGAAACACAGAGCUCAGCUAUACAAUAAAGUCAGUGCCCCUGGAGGAACUGCUGCUCCCAGCAGUAGAGGAGAAUGUAAUGUUUCACCAUCAUAGCAGCUGCAUUCAAUGAGGAUGCUUUAAUUGCAUGACUCUAAGUAUCACGGAUCAAAACCCAAAAGUCAUUUGGCAGCUUCCUGCUGGGAGGAGGCCUGGAGGACUUGUGGCUUCUCCCAGCCCUUCUGUCCCCUUCCCCUGUGUUCAGAUUUGAGUAGGCAAGCUGGAAUGCUGUCACCUGGCAGGGAAGUCCAUUGAGAAACACUUCUCCCAGGAUGAACGGCUCGAGUGAUCCAGUGUAGCACAGGGAGGACUUUGGUGGCACCUGCUGAACUACACGUGGGAUUAGAGACUUCUCUGAGGAACGUGCUGGGCCUGCUCUGAAAACUAUACCUGCUUGUUCUCUGCUGGGAUUAAUUAAUGCUGCUUAAAAACAGCGUUAAGGGGUUGGAUGCAGUCUUGAAGUGGGGGAGACAGAAUUCAGCCUGAACUCUUCAUUUAGGAAGUACAACUUGAAAUUAACUGCUAGUUCAAACUUGAAUAUAAAUUUCACAGAACAUGAACAUUUGAAAUAUUGACUGAACAAAGCCUUAAUUUAUUAACUUUUUAUAUUUACCUAAUGUCUUCAUGUGUUUACUUGGUCUUGGAAUGGUAAGACGGUACCUUCUGUGGUUUAAAGGCAUUACCUUCAAAUGCUUACAUUUUUACUAGUAUUGUGGGGGUUUUUUUUUCCUGUGAUAAUAAUACUAAUAGUUAUUUUUUGGUGACUUGUAUGUAUUUGGAAAUACUGUUGUAGUAUUCAGAGUUCCUUUCUAAUUAAUGCAAACUGCCUUAAUAGAAAAACGGAGAUCUAGACACUAAUGUAUUGUGAAAUGUUAGAACAGAAAUCUUCUUAUUUUGCUGCUAGCAUAUUGUAUUUCUGUUAAAAUAUGCAAGUGAAAUUAAAAAUGUUUCUAGAAUAAAA